AAAUAUAUAUAUUUAUUUUUUACACAGAUUUUUCCAAUCAUGUUUAAAAUAUUAUUAUUAUUAGUAGCAUGCAUUCAUGUGUGCUGGGGUGAAUUUUAUUCAUCUCUUGGACAUAUGGAAGAUUUAGUUCACGAAGAAUUGAAUUUGGUUUCUACACUUAAAGAAUUCAUUUCUGCUGAAGAAGCAAAACUUGAAAGAAUAAAGAAAAUUGCUAAUGAGAUUGAACUGCAAGCCGAAGAAGCUGGAAGUGAUGUGGAAAAAUUUUUGGGAAAUCCUGUCAACCAGUACCUGCUUCUUAAAAGAUUAAAAACAGAAUAUGAUGAAAUGGAGACUUUAGUGAUGAAGAACUCUUCAUUUCUUGACCAUCUUGGUGAAAUGAAAUCGUAUAUUCCUGGCCAAGAAGACGUCGAAGGAACAGCCAAGGCAAUAAUGAGAUUGCAGGACACUUACAAGCUUGAUACACAUGAAUUGGCACAAGGCAAAGUGAAAAGUUCCUAUGCGGGACGUAAACUAACAGCUGAUGACUGUUUUCAAAUUGGACGAACUGCUUAUCUAGACGCUGAUUAUUAUCAUUGUGUUCUGUGGAUGAAAGAAGCGGAUGAUAAAAUACAGCAAGGAGAUACAACACAUGAGAGAUUCGAAGUCUUGGACCAUCUGGCAUUCAGUUUAUCGCAACAAAGUAACUGGGAGGAAGCCUAUGCUCUUACAGAAGAGAUGUUAAAGAUUGAUCCAGAUCAUAAAAGAAUUCAAGGAAAUAGAGAGUUUUAUCGACAAACAAUGCAAGCAAGGAAAAAGGGAGAUGAGGGAAGCAUUUCAGAAAACCUAUUCAACAAGUCAAAGUUGAAAUUGAAACGCAAAGAUGACUAUCUUCCAGAACGUCAACUGUAUGAAAAAUUAUGCCGAGAAGGAGGGGAAAUAACCCCCCCAAAAAUCCAGAAAAAGUUAAAAUGCUAUUAUUGGGAUAACAAUGAUCCAUUGUUACGUAUUCAACCCCUAAAAAUGGAAGAAUUGUAUCCUUCACCCCAUGUUGUUCGGUUCUAUAAUAUUACAUCUCCAAGUGAAAUAGAUGAAAUCAUAGCUAUGGCUAAACCCCGACUAAAUCGUGCGACGGUGCAGAAUCCUGUUACCGGUAUCUUGGAACAUGCCCACUAUAGAGUGAGUAAAAGUGCUUGGCUUGAUGAUCAUGAAAGUGAUCUUGUUUAUAAGAUAAGUAAAAGGAUCUCUGCCAUUACUGGAUUAAGUAUGAAAUCAGCUGAAGAAUUACAAAUCGCAAAUUAUGGGGUCGGAGGUCAAUAUGAGCCGCAUUAUGAUUUUGCACGUCGUCGUGAAAAAGGAAGUUUUGAGGAAAUGGUUGGAAACAGAAUCGCAACCAUGCUUUUUUAUUUCACCAACGUAGAAUACGGCGGCGCAACUGUAUUCCUGAAUGCCAAAAUAGCAGUUCAACCUAUCAAAGGCAGCGCGGUUUUCUGGUACAAUUUGUACCCAUCGGGGGAUGGCGAUAUGCGUACACGCCACGCUGCGUGUCCCGUCUUAACCGGCGUGAAAUGGGUAUCAAAUAAAUGGAUCCAUGAGAGAGAACAGGAAUUCAGAAGGCCUUGUGGACUUGAACCAAAGUCAGAUAAUCGCAUAUUUUGAAUUUGAAAACGAAGCAAGUAGUCGUAGUUGUACAUUCGGCAUCACAAGUGCCAAGUUUUUCUUUCGCUAGCUGUUCAUAUAUAACAAUAAGUGCUGUUUUGCAAUAUACUUUUUUGAUGAAUGAACUUAAGUUUUUUUUAAUUUUUAGAAGCAAAAUGCAAGUUUUUUAAUUAAGUACAACUUGAACAACCAGGAUAAAUGAAGCACAAUCAUUGUUAGCAAAACGGUGUAAUUUACGUACGUUUUGAUGAAGAGAUUCUGUAUAAACUUCAAAACAUCUGCAAAUUAUAUCAUUUUGCUAACACCGGUUGUGCUUUCUUUAUCCUCAGCAGUUAUUGAAUAUUGCCAGCAUAUUAUUGACGAGAACUUCCUUUUUUUUUUAAAUUUUUUUACUUGAGAUGGGAACAAGCUAUGAUAUUCAAAGCAAUUAAUGUUUAUUAUGCCGUUGUUUCGAUGGUAAUUAUUUCUUUUACCGGUUUCAGAAUGAAAUUAAAGAAUUAAGUAUUUUAAAUACCACCUAAUUUUAAAUAUAUUUGAAUUGUUUUUUGAUGUCCCUUGUUUUAUUCCUGCGAAAAUACUGGUAUGUGAAUUUUUUCAUAUGAAAUCAAAGGUGCGGAUAAUUAUACUUGAUUAUGAAUAAAUCUGGCAACUUCUUUUUAAAAUGAAUAUUUCAGCAUUUAUCUUCAACCUUAUAACCACAGUAUUUUAUUUUUUUUAUUGCAACUAACACCCUUUGGAUUUUAAUCUAUAAUUUACAGAAGAAUAUCCAUUUACAGAAAAUUAACUCCUAACGCAUAGUACAUUGCAAACUAAUAUUUUAUCUUGUUUACCCUUUGACAAAUAUAAGGUAAAAUUCUUCCCCUCAACUGUGUAUACCAGGGGUGGGCUACUUCUCUAGUCGACGGGCCAGAUGUUGGAAAAUAAAGUUCUCGGCGGGCCAGAUUAUAACAUGAAUAAUAUUCAAUAUCUUAAUCACAUAUUUAUUCGCUACUGCAAGAAAGAAAAUUAUAAACCGCGUUUAAAGUAAAGCUUAAACUACAAAAAAUAGAGACCAAAAAACACAUAAUGAAUUUAUUACAAUGUACUAAAAGUGUAAUAGUAUAAUAUCAUAAUGUACUUAUGUACAGUCAGCGGGCCAAUCAAAAUCUCGUCGCGGGCCGUAUGUUGCCUACCCCUGGUGUAGACUGUCUGUUCCAGUGUGCUGUGAGUGAGCGUCGAAAAUAGGGGUACUAGUUUAGACCAUCUUUCUGCUGCGGGAGGCAUAACAAAUAUUCAUUGCAUAAGAUCCACAUUUAGCCUUGUAUUUUUUUGCUUGCAAAUUUAGCCCCGAUGCGGGUCAAUUUUACCCUGGUAGAGAACCCCUACAUUAGAUGAAUCCUAAUCUUUCAAAUUCGUCCAAGUCACGAAGCAUCUAGCAAAUUAUUCAAAAGGAGGAAAUCUCUAUAAUCUUUUUAUUUUCAUCAUAUUUUUAUGUCAUUUUGUGCUCCCAAAAAGUGUUGCUAUCAAGCUUUUGCUUUCUGCUAUUUUUGCUAAUUAAACACAUACCCGUCUCCAAACUAAAUUUAGAACUUAUUUGUUAAUCUACAACACUGAACUGUGGAGCAUUGAAAGAAAGUAGGCUAUGCAUAAAAUUUAUAAUGAAAUAUGAAUGAAACUACAAUAAAAUAUUGACACUCAAUUGAACAUAUUAAUAUAUACAAGUGUACAACUCAUGGCGUAUAUGGUUCACUAGCGUUUUUUGACUAAUGUCCCUUUCAUUCUGUUGGUGCAUCCGCAUGCAAUGACCUUGAUGCUGUAUCAAGGAUCAAAAUGUUUAUCUAUAUCGAGUGCUUCCAAUAUCUUACAUCAUACUUUUACAAAUUUUAUUUUGUAGUCAUGGUUACAGACAGAAACAAUGAUUGUGCUUGUCUGAGGAAGUCUGACUUCCACUACAGAAUAAAAUAUGUGCAACUCCAGUGUCUCGUGUAUGUAAUCAAAUGAGAAUUAUUUACCAAGGAAUUAAUCUCACUAUCUUUGAUAUAUUCACCUUUUUAAACUUUUAUCUGCAGCCAUUUACUUUUUUAUCAUUUCAUAUGCUUUGACAGCGCCAUCAGCAUGCUAUUAUACACUUUUGCUAUACUUUAUUUCACUUUUAUCGCUUCUUUUUUUGAUGGCGCACAUUCUGAACAUAAGAUGUGUACCAGGUCAGGAUUCAGGUUGUACGCCAUCUUGGUGCAGAUACUCCCGGAGCGCCUUUUUUAUUGCACAAUGUUACAUAAUUAAUCUUCAGCAAGUUGAACUAUAUUUUUUAAAGAAGAUAGAAACACAACUGCCAAAUUUUGUUGAACUUUUUUGGAAUCUUAAUUUUCAUCUCAAUGUAUUAGAUCAUAUAUCUUUCUUUGUAACAAAAUACAUAAACUGCAUAGCAA